AUGGCAGCGCUUUUAACGAUGAUUCUCCUCUUGGGGCUCGCUAAUGUACCAGCAUCCGCCACGGUAUCUUGGACGAGUGAAACCCCAGACAGGCUUCCCCCAUGGAACCUGGCUCGGCAAGACUACUCUGAUGCCAUGAAAAACCCCAAUGCCUCAGACUCGCAAAUAAAUGAUAUUCUUUUCAACCCCGCGGAUGGAGUUGAUUGGGGCUUCACCUUGACAGUCACGACAAACGUGCCUGUCUCUGCCGACUAUGGUCCAAACCUCGUAACACAGCUGUCCACGCUCUCGCUCGGAACACCCAAGAAACACACGGAGGGACUUGUGAGCAACGUAAAUAUUUUUUAUGAUUCGCUUCUUCCGAAUGCAACGAAGCCAUCGCAAUCGGCCUUGAACUGUGACUAUAUCAGCAGCACUUGCGGAUACAGUCUCACCAACCAGCUGAGCGCUGAUUACGGCGUUCUAAGAGGCAUGCCGGAAGAAUGCUACGAUUAUCUCAACAGGAGCUCUGGCCCCUAUGGAUUCAAUCUCGAGGCAAGCUUCUUUGCACUAGGCAGUGAGCUGGCGACUGCUGGCUCUGACGCUGCCAGUCGAGAAGCUAACGCCGCCCUCGAUAGGGUUUGGCCCAUUGUCGUCAGCAGAUGGAGUUCGAGCAAGUUGGCCGGCCGUAAUGGAUGGAACUCGGAACUAUUCUGCUUGAAACCGCGGAGGGGGGAGAUUAAAGAAUCCGAGACAGAUUCUUCAGCAAGCAGAGGAAGUCCAGAGGCCUUUCUAUUCUGGGCCAUUUCUUUAUUUAUAGCUUUUACGAGUAUAUAA